CUCCACUCGGCUGUCAGUCAAUGUUCGAGUCAUUACUGUUAUUUCUUCUCUGCUCAACAUCAACCCAACCAAAGUACUGCUGAACAUCAGCAUUUCUGUUACUGCUGCUGCUGGAUGAAUGUGUGAACAGUACUGAGAUUAAAAUGAAACGCUCCUUGGGGAUUUGUCUGGUGAUCAGCUCUGCUCUGAUUGGACUGGGAUCAGCUAUCCGCUGUUACAGCUGUAAGGAUUACACAGCCAGCUGCUCCAAACAGAGAGAGUGUAGCUAUGACGACGCCUGUCUCACCCUCAGCGAGAGAGGUGGAAUGACGUACCGUCAGUGUCUGAAGUAUUCAGACUGUGAGUACAGCCGCUUGGGCCAGAUGUUCCCCCAGGUUUCCAGUUUCACCUUCAAGUGCUGUAACUCAGACCUGUGUAACUCCGCCCCUUCCACUGCAGCGAGUUCUUUGGUUGGUCUGCUAGCCUCAGCGGCAGUCAUGUGGUGGUGCAUUCACUGAAGAGUGCUGCAGCUCAACCGCGCCCCCAGUGGCAGAAACAUGUAACAGCUUUUCUAACAGUGUCUGAUCAAUACAUUCAGCCUACUGAUCAAUAUAUUCAUCAUCUGAUCGAUACAUUCUGUCACCGGAUUAAUACAUUCAGUCAUCUGAUUUACCCAUUUAUAAUGACUACUUAUCACGAAUCAAUAUUUAUGUUUAAAGAAAUAGUUUGACUAAAGAGUUUCAGCUCCUGGUUUAUUGAUUUACUGAUUAUUAACAGUCUAAAGUGUAGCCAUGGUACCAUUUGUAUCAGCUCAGUUUUGAUAGAAGGGCUCUAACGACACAGCCUUCAAAAUAAAAAGUUGAAACGAUCUAAAGACUUAACUUCUGCCUGUGAAUGAAAUCAAUAAAUGGUGACAAAGUGGAAA